CAACAAUCACAGCAUCUAGAAAGGUUGUGCUCAGUACUAUCUGCGCCAUUGGUGAAAUCUGUUAGGUUCUCUCAUCUCUGAAAUUACGCCUUUUCCGAGUUUGUUUCUUCAAAACGUUAUUUUCAAAAUAAAAUCACCAAGGAGAGAGAAAAUGGCAGAGGCUUUAAAUUCACCAGGCAGAGGUUUGUUCAAAGAAGUUGAGUUCUCAUUAACAAGCGAAAUGGAUGUGAGAAGUGCCAGUUUCCACCCCAUCGAUCCUGUUCUGGCGUGCGGCUUAGUUCAAGGAGGUGUGGUUUUCCUUCGCGGAUCUAAUCACACCACACCGUUUGAAGAUUGGGAAAUUGAUCCAAAACAUUACAAAUAUAGAAAGACAAUUUUAUCCGUCCAAUGGAACGCCGAUGGAACUAAAGUGGCUGCUGGCUCCGAUGAUGGCAAUGUCAUCAUUUGGUCUUAUCCGGGGGACGGCAAACAAGUAUUUCACAGAAAUGGACGAUCAAACUUUCCGUUAAUUGUUUGGAAUCCAUUCAACCGGGACAUGUUAGCCAGUUAUAACAGUGCGUUGGACACCAAAGAGGUGAUGAUUGCCAAUUUGGCUACUGAAAACCUCGUUACCCUCACCAUCAAAUCAAAAUUGAACUGUCAUACGGUGGUUUGGAACUCGCACAAUCAACUCGCCUGUGGUUACGACGAUGGGACGUUUGAAAUUCACGAAAUUGAAUCCCGUAAUAGACAAUUGAAAAGCAAAUUGAUCAAGAAAAUCAGACACGACCUAGGCGAACACGGACAAGUUAAUUACGUUUUGACGCUUACCGACUUCGCCAACUUUCAAAGGAAAAAACUAAGUUUUGUAUCGAGUAUCAUUUGGAACGAAGAAUUGAGUCUUUUGGCUUCAGGAGGAACAGACCAACGAAUAAAGAUAUGGUCGUUGGGCAGUAACGAACCCAUUCACGUGUUAGAACUCGAUUCCGUUUGUAGGAAUUUGGUGUGGAGUUCUGACAUCAAGGACGACAAGACGAAAAAAACUUUCAUUGCAUGCGGAUUAGAAAAUGGCAGCAUAGUGAUUUGGUAUCCGUUUGAACGUGAAAAUCGGACACGAGAACUCACAGGACAUGAUCAGAUUUAUCAAUUAUGGCCUUCACCCGACGGGCGCUUUCUCGCUUCAACUGACUAUUUCAAGAAAUUGAUUAUCUGGUCUACCAAGAGUUGGGAGAGUAUAUACAUCUUACCCCCAUCAGGGUUUAGGUUUCCAUACGUGAUGACAUGGGACGCGGCCAGUUGCAAGUUGGCAAUUUCAGAGCGAACAGGCCUUGAGCAGUUCAAUGUGAUUCAAUAUUUCGUGGCUGAAAAAUGCUGUGCCGGUUGCAAGAAAACUUAUGAAAAUUUGAAGCGUUGCGCUCACUGCAAUUCAAUCUUCUAUUGCAGCAAGGAAUGUCAGCGUUCACACUGGCCCCAACACAAACUUGUAUGCAAUAAAAAUGAAUGAGUUUGGCCGAAUUUCAAAAGAAAAAGAUUGGAUCCGAUCAAGAAAAUUUCAAAGUGGACUUAGUAAAUGUCAUUAAUUUGUAAUUUCCUGUAACCUCAAAAGAGUUGGAAAAUAUAUUCAAACUUAGAAUACGCAUAACUCCAGGGCCAUCGCUUCCGCCUGUUUAAACAAUGAUUACGCAUAGUAAGGUUAGUAUGACAUUUUAUUAAGUAGCUUACUAACAAGUAGUAAAGCGCCGGUUAGACGUGACGCCUUUAGUUGAGUUUAUUUCUUAAAAAACCAAAUUUAUUGAAUGAUGUAAAAAAAAGAAAACCGUAACGAAAUAACACAAUUGAGACUACGUCUGAGUUUAACUGCUGAGAGUAACACACGAGGGAAUUUUAAUUAGCGACUAAAGACCUUGGGUGUUAUGAUGCAGUAAGGAGAAUAGUUCAA